UAUAGUCAUACAGUCGUCGAUACAACCAAACUCUGAUCCCCUCUCUCUUUUCUUCUUGCCUUGGAUUCGAGAAUCCAUCUCCUAAAUUCUCUCUUGGCCAAAUUUCUUCCAAAUCUUUCAGAUUUACUUUGUCACUUUCACUCUCUCUAUAUCUAUGCAAUUACCUCUUCAUUGGACCACAAUAAUCAUCAAGCCCUAGAGUUCCCAAAGCCGAUAACGUGAUCGCCCUUCACCAUUUUCCGUUGGUCUUUCCGGCACUUCUCUGAAGCUUCGCAGGUUACAAAUCCAAUGAACUCAGAUACCCACUUCUUCAAGUACAGUUGCUAGCCUUCCCAAAAUCCCCAAAUUCUAAAUCAUAUUUGUGCUCGAAUCAGAAAAGCCCAAAAUCACCAUAUGCCUGGGAAUUUUUCAUACUGAGAUUGAUACUUGAAGCUUUUUUUGCCUGCAAAUUCUUGGUUUUUCUUAAAGCUGGAUCUCGAUCGCUGUAAUAGCAAUCUGGAUAUUUAUGGAUAAUGGUGAUAAAAGUUGGAUGAAUCUCCUGAGAUGGACGGAUGAGUGUAUCCGUGGAGUGAAUGAUUUUCUUGAUAAGGCAUUUGAAUGAGCCGCCCAAGGAAAUGAAAUAUUAUGCCCUUGCAAAAAGUGCAUGAAUCGCUAUUGGCAUUAUAGAAAUGUAGUGGAGGAUCAUUUGGUUUUUCAUGGAUUUGUUGAUGGUUAUGCCAAAUGGGUUUUUAACGGGGAAGGAUUUUCCUCGAGAAAUACACCUCAUCCAAGCAAUGGUGAUGAAUGUUCUACCAUGUGUGGUGAUAUUGAUGGACUACUUCAUGAUACAUUUAGAAAUAUUGAGGGUCAGGUAGGGGAUGAAAAAGGAGUUGGGGAAAGACUAUCUGAAGAUGCAAAGAAGUUUUUCAAAUUGCUGGAGGAAGGAAAACAAGAGUUAUAUCCGGGGUGUAAAAAUUUCAGUAAAUUGAGUUUCACUAUUCGAUUGUACUUGCUUAAAUCCUUCCAUGGGUUGAGUAAUGUGGCUUUCUCCGAUUUGUUAGAGUUGAUAAAAGAGGCAUUUCCCUUUGCUCAGAAAAUGUCCAAAACUAAUACAGAGAAUCGAAAUAGGUUGAAGUGUCCGCACACUGCUGGCAGAACACCUUUUUCUCUAAUUCGCGAGGAAAAAAAGAAGGAAAUCUCUGAUACUUCAGAUACUUUAUCAAGUAAGGACAUCUUUGUGACUACAAGAAAAAGAAAACUUGGUCGAAUAUACAAAAGCUCAUAUGACAAUACGAUUAGUAAAAUUGCUGAAAUGGAGAGAAUACAAUCCACGUAGGAAAGUGAAGAUGACAGUCAUUCAGUUGACGCUUUUGCAUCUGUCAUGGGACCUGAACAUCCAGGUCGCGUGAGAUUGUACGGACGAGGGGUUACCAAGACUUUGUUAAAAGGGCAAAAAGGGAAUCUUGGACCUUCUUUAGAUGUUGAUGAGAGGAUGCAGCAAAAAAUAGAGGAAAUGAAAGAGAGGAUGCAACAAAGAAUGCAUGAAAAGUUGAACGAACAAAAGGAUGCUAUGGAACAAAAUAUUACAAUGAACUCAUCGCACGACUUCAGCGUCUGAACCCAGAUUUGCGACUUGAUCCUGACAUGUUAAGAUUCAGUGCACGUUCACCUGUAGAUGCUUCCUCUGCACAACAAGCUGAUGUUCAAUUAAACAGUCGACUAUCUGCUGGUAGUAACACUCAAGGUGGAGUAGAUCAAGAAAUGGAUGAUGAAGACGAUGAAGAACUAGACCUUACUUGAAAUGAAUUUUGUAUUGUUAUAGAUGAAUGUUCUAGGAAUCUUUUCUUAACAACAUUUUUGAAACUUAUUACUCUCUUGAAAUGUACUAAACUUAUGCACUCAUGGGGUAGAACUUUUGCUUUAUGAAUAUUAUUUGCUUGAU